GCUAAAGUUUGUUGUUUUGGUAAUGGUAUGCGCGCAUGAAGCUACUUAACAAGAUGCGAGUAAACAGAACUUUGCAAACGGCAUUACUUUUUGCUCCAAAACAUCUUCAACUGUCAGUCUUCUUUGUAUUUUUAUCUUCGAGCAGGUAUUUUGUUUUGCAAAAGCGAAGAGUUUAUAUUUUUGAGAGUGAAAUGUUUGCAUUAAACGAGCCAGCAAAGUCUGGCCUUUUUAAUAUUUCCAUGUCGCUGGAUCCGAGUUUUUUGGAACAAUUGAUUACUAAGAGUUCCGUGGAUUCAAAAAGUUGUUCUGUAAUUAACGAUUCCGAUAACUUUCCUGCGGAAAUGUUUCUAGUGAGCCGAGGUUUAGCGCGUUGUUUUGGUUCGAUCAAAUUCUCGUUGGAUGUCUCGACAGACAUCAAUGAAAAUUUCUUCGGCCAAAAGUCAACUCAGUCAGGAAAAUCACUCAUUGAUCUGACUAGUAAAUGCUGCGAAAGUUUUGAGAGCGAAAACAAUGAGCAUGCAGGAUCAGUCAAAAACUCAGAGGCUAACGGAACAACCAAAAUUAACAAAAUAACAGAAACUAGCGGAACAGCCGAAGUUGACCGAACGGCUGAAUUCAACGGAAAACCCGAAAUUGACGAAACGAUUAAAGUUGACGGAACGUCCAAAGUUGACGGAACAACAGAAGUUAGCGAAACAACCGAAGUUGUCGGAACCACCGAAGUUGUCGGAACCACGGAAGUUGUCGGAACCAACGAAGUUAUCGGAACAACCAAAGUUGGCGGAACGGCCAAAUUUAAAGGAAAACCCGAAAGUGACGGAACAACCGUAAUUGACGGAAGGGUAGCACAAAUUUUUUGGAGAGAUGAUGAAAGUUUGAAGAGAAGGUUAUGCUGCGAUGACCAUGCAGAGAUAAAAGAAGAGCGGACUACGUCGCCCAAUAACUGCAAACGAAGUGCCGGUAACGAUAGUUUACACACCCGCGUUCAGUCUUCGAGUAAAGUUAGUGUGAUUAAACGCAACAGCAGAGAAGAACCCAAAGUUGCGCAUUUUACUCUUUCUACCAAACUUGAUGGCUUUGCUGACGUGCAAAACACUCCUUCAAUAACAACUCAAAUGUUGCCGAAACAAAUGCUACCGAACGUUUUCUUAGAUCCUUCCCCGCGCCUCAUGAAAAUGAGCCCGAACGAAUCGAACUCAUCGAAUGAUUUUGUAAUGAGGACUUCUAACGAGCCAAACAACUUGCCUACAAAUAUUCAAAACUCAGAUCCUCAAAAAUGUAUCAAUAUGUUGGAAAUUUUAACUUCAAAUGUGGGUAACAAGUCGAAUUACCCCAUACCAACGUUACGAAAUCCUGCAACUAGUGCAACCAAUAAGAACUCAGCUGCAACGAAAAAUUUCAACAGCCGAACAAAACCCCUCGAAAAACGCCUUGUGAAAUGCGAGUAUUGUAAUUAUCACGGAAAAGGUGCUUAUAAAGUUAAAAUUCAUAAGAUGAAUUGCCACUCAGAUCUAAGGCCUUUCAAGUGUACUUUUUGUUCGUAUGCUAGCAAACAAAAGUGUACAAUGACGAGACAUUUGAAGUCACAUGGAGUUAACAAAACUGAAAACACAGAGACAAAUUCAAGUGAACUUCACUUUAAUUUGGCCGAAAUAGAACAUCCGGAAAACCACUUCAGAAAUGUCUACGGUCCCAACUCUGGAAACGUUGCUAGCGCAAGUACAUCAUUAUCAUUGUCAUCAUCAUUAUUACCAUUAUCAGUAUCAUCAAUACCGCCAGAGCUUCCAAUACAACCAGCGCCGAUAGCAGCAUCAUCGUCAAGUUUUACAACACCAGAAAACGAAAUCAAGUUUUAUUCCUGAAGUAUUUAUUUAUUUAAUUAAAACUUAU